ACCCGGUACUUCUAUCUUGUUAGCUUCUUCAGUAUACACCCCAAUGAUUGAUUCGAUUCUUUCUUCAUCAAUGAUCACGAGAUGAGCAGGGAGCAGUUGCUUGGAAGAGCUGAAUUUACAGACUUCGUUAGGCUGAUAGAGAAGCAAGGGAAUCUUACAGGUUUUAUUCAAAAUUGUGAAAAAUAUGAGCUUCUUAUUGAAGAUAUUAUAAAAAGUUUUGAAAAUGUCUCAUCAUUUGAGGUUGAUGGUAUUCUACAUGAAGGUUUAUUUAAAAUAUAUCAACAUGGGGGUAUACAGACUCAGUUAUUUGUGCUCCAGUUUGCACCAUCUUUGAUAUCUGCUUAUUUAACCUUGAUUGGAAGUAGGAUACUUACUGGAGGGGGUAAAUUAGAAACACUCCUGUUGUCAAUAUACAACAAGGAAGCAGCUGGGAACCGAGAGACACCUUUUGCGAAGUCAUAUAGAAUACCUUCUCUUUCAAACUCAUCAAUUUAUCAUGAGCCACUAUCAGCUACAUCUUCUGCAUUGACUGAACGUGCGCUAUCAAGACAUGAACAAUCUGAUAAACCAGUCUUGAUGAAAGCAUCUACAAAGAUUCUAAAUCGGAUAUCAGCAAGCUCAAGAUCAGAUGUUCUGAAUACAAUCCUUAGUGUUUAUAACAGCAAUAUUUCAGCAAUGACUGAAUCAUCACAUAUUGGCUUUUGUAAAAUGGUUGUGAGGAUUGCCAGGAGUGGAUUUGCACAUCUUGAAUCUGAUGACCCAAGGUUGACAAGUUUGCUAGACAAGCAGGAGCUGGAUUCAAUCAAACAUUACACUCGAAUAAAGCUUUCCAAUGAUGUCUAUCAGCAAAUGCUAACUGGUUUAUAUUUUAUCAUGUAUGAUGGGUUUGGUGAGGCAGCUUAUGCAGCUCUGAAAAGUCUUGAAGUUAUGGCAAGGCAUACUCUAAAUGCAGCAUUAACCAUGACUGUAAGAGCCAUGACUUCACAUAUUGAAAGUUCAUUCAAAGAGACUCAAGUUCCUCUUGCUUGUAAUCCUAUGAAAAGCAUUAGGAGGCAAAUAGAUUCUACCAAAAGACGAUAUGCCUUCACUGGCAGCCCCGCCCUACUAACACCUGACUCUGCAUUGGAAAAAAGCCAAUACAAAGAUGAAAGUAGUGAUGCUGUUGAUGCAGCCACAACUGUCUCCCACACAACUAAUUCUGCUGUCAAAGAACCUGCUUCAUCUGCCAUUGAGAAUAAUCCUAAUGUUGCCGAAGGCAGUGUAGCUCUAGUAAAUGAAAAGAGAAGCUCGAGUCUAUCUGACAAUGAAAGGCCUACAAAUUUACAUUCAGAAAGUGAGGAUGAUGCAAAUGAAAGCACCAAUUUACUAAAAGAGCAUGCAAAACCCACAGAAAAGAAAGAUACAGUCAAUCAUGAGCGAAUAAAAAUAAAUAUAGUAACAGACGAUGAUGAUAAUUUUAAAAAUCUUUUAAAUAUGGCAGAUGUUGAGUUAACUUAUCAACCAGCAUCAACAGAACCAGAAUCAGAAGUGAGAUUUGAUACUUCAUUGUAAACUGCUAUUUCUUUUAUAAUAGUCAGUGAAUGCUUAUGCAAAAUUAUUUUACAUAGGGUGUUUUAUUUCUUAUAAAUCAAGUAUUAUGUAAUAAAGAAGUAUAAAAAGACAGAUAAUAAUCAUUCAAGUUUGUAUCAACUUGUCAUUACCAGUGCUAACAUGAAUGGAUAAUUAUCUGGUAAUUCUCAAA